CUUACGUGAAGAUGAGUAGCUCAGAGGAGGUGUCCUGGAUUUCCUGGUUCUGUGGGCUUCGUGGCAAUGAAUUCUUCUGUGAAGUGGAUGAAGAUUAUAUCCAGGACAAAUUCAAUCUCACUGGACUCAAUGAGCAGGUGCCUCACUAUCGACAAGCUUUAGACAUGAUCUUGGACCUGGAGCCUGAUGAGGAGCUGGAGGACAACCCCAACCAGAGUGACCUGAUUGAGCAGGCAGCUGAAAUGCUCUAUGGAUUGAUCCACGCCCGCUAUAUCCUCACCAACCGUGGCAUCGCCCAGAUGUUGGAAAAGUACCAGCAGGGAGACUUUGGCUACUGUCCCCGUGUGUACUGUGAGAACCAGCCAAUGCUUCCCAUCGCUCUUGUUGCUGAAGUCCGGACCUGCCACCUCUGCCUCUUAGAAGAUCCUACUAUAGGAUGUGUUUUAGGCUCAGAGAAGUGCACGAUCAGCAGCUCAUCCCCAUGCAUGGGGAUCAGCAUCUUUCAUAAUGCCAAGGUUCGCUUCUUAAUCCGGGGCUGUGGACAGCACAAGUCUUACCGGUGCCAAGAAAAACACCCCACCUACCUCCCAGAGUACUGGUACUACGCCCAGUGCUGCCAGUAUGAUUACUGCAACUCCUGGUACAGCCCCCGGCUCCAGAGCUCCCUCCCUGAGGCCCCUGAGGGGUCCCUGGCCCUGCCCCUGUCUGAGUCCCAGAUCCAGUGGUUCUGCCAAGCCCUGAACCUCUCACUGCCCCUACCCAGCUUCCAUGCUGAGAAGGAGGCUUCUGAAGGCCUGGACCCCCUGGCUGUCCUGCCCCUGAAUCUGAGUUUGUCCAUUGCUGACCUGCGCCGCAUAUACUGUUUCCUCAACAAUUCAGGACUUUUGGUUCUUCCCUGGGCUAGGCUGUGACGUCUUACCCUUCCCAGAUUUCACUCUGGUCCAGCGUCUCUCCCCUGACACCCCAGCAUCAUGUACUGCCCUCUCAGAACACUCACACUUUCUGGUCUGUGAGUUCUCAGUCUUCCUUUCCUUUGUACUUCCAUCGUCUAUAUGGUUUUGGUUUAGUUUCCUCCCCAAAAAGCAGUUGGCACUGCACCCAGUGCCCUUCGUCCACCUAGAAAAUAAUCUCAAAUGUGAAUUCUGCCUAGGCUGACCUGGGAAAGGCACAGUGGUUUCCUCAUCCCUUUCCUAUCAUCUGAGUGGGAUCAUCCCCCCCACCCCCCAUCUUCCUGAUCCCCUCUCAAGCUGGCUAUUUCCACCCCUACACCUGUCUCUAAAACCUUGUGCCAGACUGACCUUGCAUCAAGAAGGGUGAGAGGCGGACUUUGUGCAGAUUUCCUGACUGGGCACUCUGGUGUUCCUACCUCACUGUCUCCACCACCCUCACUCCCGCCUGGUCUCCUGCUUCCUUCUCUCAUCUCUUGUCCCCAUCUUUGACUUCCACAGCCCCACUUCACGUCCCUGAGUCCUGACACCCACUUGCACAGAAUCCCAGGGAGAGGAGAGGAUCUGU